AUGCCGAAACUUUUGUCCAAAGCUCCGGAUUUCGUUGCCAUCUUCGUUCAUUGUGUGGUUAGAGCUCUGAAGAAGGAUGUGGGGCGGAUUCAGCUAGUGCCCCGCCCACAGCCCUCACAGGAGUCUGUGGAGUACCAGCGCUACCUGAACUACCUGAUUGGCUACGACGUAACCGAUGUCAGCAACGUCCAUGACGACGAGCUGGAGUUCACACGCAGGAAGCUGCUGACCCCACGACGCAUAGAGCUGUCGGAACGCGACCCAAAGCUCUACUCCAUGGACCCCUGGAUGACACGCAAGCCUCUGCCUGAGCACCUGCUCUCCAAGAUCAAUAAUGGCCACAUCCUGGUGGUAAUCCACAUAGGGACAGCCAGCCAGACCAUCAAAGUCUCCAUUGAUGACACACCAACACUGGUGUUGGCGAGCUUUUUUGCCAAGACAUCGAAUAAAAGAGCUUUGCUGGGCAUCCCCGACGAUGUGUGUGAGACUGACUUUGUGCUGCGGGUGUGUGGCAGGGAGGAGUACCUGUACGGAGAAAAGCCUCUGGAGAACUUUAACUGGAUCCGUCAGUGCCUGAAGAAUGGCGAGGAAAUCCACCUGGUUCUGGAGAUGCCUCCUGAUCCCGAUCUGGAUCUGGUCCAGAAGGAAGACUGGGCCCAAGUUGAUGACUGCACUGGAGUUGCAGGCACCCACGAGCAGCUGACCAUUGAUGAGAAGGACCAUGAACGGGUGUUCACCAUCUCCAUGUGGGACUGUAACAGGAAGUUCAGAGUGAAGGUGCUGGGUAUUGACAUCCCAUCUCUCCCCAAAGUCCCGGAGUUUAUUGUCUACAUCGAGGCCAGCAUCUUUCACGGGCAGCAGCUUUUAGCUCAGGAGAGAACCACCUCUAAAACUUUCAGUGAAGAAGUGCUGUGGAACUGCUGGCUGGAGUUUAACAUUAAGAUCAAGGAUCUGCCUAAGGGGGCAUGCCUUAACCUCCAGGUGAUCUGUGGGAAGCAACCCCAGAUCUCAAAUUCCAAAGGAAGCUCUUAUCAAGAGAGUACAGCAGGAAGCAGCAGUCUUGAUGGAAAGACCAAGAGUCGUCUCCUGUACUACGUGAACCUGCUCCUGAUCGAUCACCGCUCCUUGCUCCGCCAGGGGGAGUUUAUCCUCCACAUGUGGAAAAUGCCAGAAAAGAGCGAGGAAAGCAGCAGUAGCAUCAACGCGGACAAGCUCACCUCAGCCACGAACCCAGACAAGGCCUCUUCCAUGGCAAUCGCCAUUUUGCUAGACAAAUACUGCUACCCUGUGGUGCUACCCAAGAGCCGGGAUGUGGGCCGGGACUGGGCUGUUGGGGGUGAAGACGCAGAGGGAGGGGAGCGGGGUCAGAGAGAGAUGCCAAACCACUUGAAAAAGCAGUUUGAGGCCAUUGUAGGUACCGAUCCCCUACAUCCCCUCAGCCCUGAGGACAAAGAGCUGCUGUGGCACUUUAGACUGCUUUGUUUAUGUGUUUGUGUCCUGCAGGCAGUCAAGUUUGAGCCCUACCAUGACAGCGCUCUAGUCAGGUUCCUGCUGAAGAGAGCUCUGAGGAGUAAGCGUAUCGGUCAUUUUCUCUUCUGGUUCCUGCGGAGUGAAAUCGCUCAGUCCAAGCACUACCAGCAGAGGUACGCUGUCCUCCUGGAGGCCUACCUCAGAGGCUGUGGUGAAAAUAUGCUGCAGGACUUCCGGAAGCAGCUGCUUUGUUUAUGUGUUUGUGUCCUGCAGGCAGUCAAGUUUGAGCCCUACCAUGACAGCGCUCUAGUCAGGUUCCUGCUGAAGAGAGCUCUGAGGAGUAAGCGUAUCGGUCAUUUUCUCUUCUGGUUCCUGCGGAGUGAAAUCGCUCAGUCCAAGCACUACCAGCAGAGGUACGCUGUCCUCCUGGAGGCCUACCUCAGAGGCUGUGGUGAAAAUAUGCUGCAGGACUUCCGGAAGCAGGUGGAUAUGACAGAGGCUCUGCAGAAAGUCACCCGUGAGAUCAAGACCAUGUCUGCAGACAAGUAUGAUGUUACGCCACAAGUGGUGUUUCAGUUGCGUCAGAAGCUGGAGAAUCUGCAGUCCUCUGGUCUGCCAGAGAGCUUCAGAGUUCCUUAUGAUCCAGGACUAAGAGCUGGAGCCCUGCUGAUUGAGCAGUGCAAAGUGAUGGCGUCUAAGAAGAAGCCGCUGUGGCUGCAGUUCAAACGGGCCGACUCCACCACUCUCUCCAAAGACCCCAUAGGCAUCAUCUUCAAAGACGGUGAUGAUCUCAGACAGGAUAUGCUCAUCCUGCAGAUUCUGCUGAUCAUGGAGUCGAUCUGGGAGACCGAAUCGCUGGAUCUCUGUCUUUUACCGUACGGCUGCAUCUCCACUGGAAAUAAGAUAGGCAUGAUUGAGAUUGUUAAGGACGCCACCACCAUCGCCAACAUCCAGCAGAGUGUUGUGGGAAGCACCGGCGCAUUUAAAGAUGAAAUCCUCUACCAGUGGCUCCGGGACAAGUGUGUCAGUGAGGACAAGUUCCAGCAGGCUGUGGAGAGGUUCCUGUACUCCUGUGGUGGAUACUGUGUGGCUACAUACGUCCUGGGUAUUGGGGAUCGCCAUAACGACAACAUCAUGAUCACUGAAUCUGGGAAUCUCUUCCACAUCGACUUUGGUCACAUCCUGGGGAAUUACAAGAGUUUCAUGGGAAUCAGUAAGGAGUGGGUUCCCUUUGUGCUCACACCAGACUUCCUGUAUGUUAUGGGAACUUCGGGGAAGAAAAGUAGCCCCCACUUCCAGAAGUUCCAGGACGUGUGCGUGAAGGCUUACCUCGCCCUUCGGCAUCACACCAACCUGCUCAUCAUUCUUUUCUCCAUGAUGCUUAUGACUGGGAUGCCUCAGCUGACUAGUAAGGAGGACAUCGAGUACAUCCGCGAGGCCCUGACUGUUGGUCGCAGUGAAGAUGAGGCACAGCGCCACCUGCUGGACCAGAUAGAGAUCUGCAGGGAGAAAGGCUGGAUGGUUCAGAUUAACUGGUUUGUUCAUCUGGUCCUGGGAAUUAAGCAGGGUGUGGAGAAACGGUCCACUUAGGACUUACUAAGACGUAUUCCAUGAAAAAAAAAAAGUCAAUGACUGAAGAGUCUUAAAAUCUGAAGACAAUCUAGAAGGAUUUAAAAUGUUUGCACACAAUGUAUUUUUGAAAGUGGUGUUUUAGGCAUCUAGAGACUGGUCGGUGACCAUUGGACAGCCACUGGUCACGAGGGAAAACCGUGUUCUCAACAAGUUUUUGAGAGUGGUUUAAAGAGAUAUACAGUUCUGCAACAAAAACCUCUUUCUGGUUGCUUUUUCAAGGAAGAUGCUAACUUGUCUGCAAACACUUGAAAACUGCUCACCCAGCUGUAGUGAAACUGUUAAAAGUGCAACACAAACCAGAAACGGAGCACAUUUGCCCUCAAAGUAAAAGUUGGGCCUUUUGAAAUGUGUUGGUUCCAGUGGUAAGGCAGAACUUUUACUUUGAAGGUGAACCUUCUCUGUUUCCUGUUUGUGGUGCGCUUUUUCAAGUCAAGGCUGCUUGCAAACAAAUUGCUGUCUUCCAUGCAAGCUACGGGAAACUGUGGCAAUCUAAUAGUGACCAAAACAAUCACGCUGAUGUCACCUGGCAACCUUCCCCAACUUCCAGGAGCCACUUGCCAAGUGGUUGCCAAAUACACAGUUUUGCCUAGCAACUAGAGGUUGCCGGGGGAGAUGGCCUGAUGAGUCUCUAGGCCUGUGCGAAUGAGCUGAGACCAUCUGAAAUGAGAUAUUUCGCUAAAUAAUGGGAUGUCACUGUCUACAAAACGUCACUAAACUGAGACUUCAACUUAAAUUGUAUCUGCUGAUCCAUUCCUGCAAACACCAGUUAGCUUUGCGCUAAAGGUUAUAUGCUAUGAUUCAGACCAAGGGGAGAGAUAAACCAAAUACAGGUGUGACUGUUUUCACUGCACAAUGGACCAUGUCAAACAUCAAAUGUGUCAUUUUUAGAUGCAAAAUAGGAGUGACCUAAGACUUAAAAGCACUGAAUCUGUCUGCUUUAGUGACACCACUAAAUGCAGUAGUUAAAAAGAAAGCUUUAAAAACAGAAGCAAACAGUAAAAAACGGAUCUUUGCAAUGUUUACGUUCAUCCUUAAAAAAUGUUUUAAAUGUGGUCAGAGUAUUUUAGUAGUGUUUCAGUGUCCAGGUAAUUAAAUGUUUAAUAUAUGUAUUUGACUAGUAUGCAAGAGUUUAUUGAAAUACUUAGAUUCUCCUUUUCAGAGAUUGCAAAUAAUAUAACACAUCCAACUUUGUGCUUAAUGAGAGGCUUAUUAUUUAUAUGUGAAAGUGGUUUUUAUUUGCACUGCCCAUUAAGGAAAAACUGUUCGAUGUCUUUAAAACUGGAAUUUCCAACUUCUAAUUAUGUAAUGACUUAAAAACAUGUUUCAGUCUGUUUUAUGGCUGUUUGCUGUCUUAACGUUUAAAAUAACAGCCAUGUACAGAGAUAAGUUGCAGCUUACUGUAUGAAUAUGUACUUUUGUCUUUCCACAGUUUCUCUGAAAUAAACAGGAAGUGGGAUCGUGUUGUCUUUCCAUAUCAGUAGUAUCCAUGUAUCUAUGUUGGAGAUAAAAGCUAAAAGAAAGUUAAAUGCAGCAGUUUGACAAUCAGUGUUUUCUUUAAAGUUUGCAUUAAAACAUUAUUGGAAAGAUGGAAAA